UGAGUGAAAAAAGUAAUGCAUUGAUAUAAUCGUUACGACCUAAAUGUAGUGUCCAAGUCAUCGCGCUUGAAAGAUUGAAUCCGUUAUUAACGCGAGAUCGGUCACGAUCAUGUUGCAACGUGACCAAACAAAAGCGCUGUUUGUCAACUGGAAAUGUUUAAAUCUGAUACGCUGGAGGAGAAAAAAAACAAACCAAGGCUGUCAGUAACAACUGCUUUUGGUUUAUUCAGCGGCUGUAAAACAAGGUCAAACCUGUUUUACUAAUCUAGCGUUCGUGCCGAACUCUGUAUGAACUAUAAAAGUGUCCAAACGCUUAUCAGUCAAACAAACUAUUCCGGCAACUCUGCGGGGAUUAAUAGGACCCAAAAAAGGGGGUUGCUGUCCACCCGCCCACCCUUUUUGUGGGACCCUCGUACCCGCUUCCUGCUUGAGAGGAUCAAAGAAUGUUUAUUGAGGGCGAGGGGGUGGGGAAUCGCUCAAAUUUGGAAGUCAUUAGCGUGCGCAGGCUAAACUGUCAACGACAAGGUUGACGUGCUACGUAAACGCCCGUUGGAAGUCUUUUGAGUUAGGACAGCCAAAUAAAGAUGGCAAAAAAAUAAAUAAAUGGUUUGACUAUAUGAAAAAUUACAGAAGCGUAUUGCAUUCACUUGGAAAAAAACCCAAAACUUUUUCUUUUGAGGGUUUUGUUAUUUUGAAUAUUUUUUCUGACAAUUGUUUUUCUAAUGAUUUCAUAACAAUACCAGCUAUGUGACUCAAAGACAGGAGUAUCUCCCAGUGUCUUAAGCCCAUAUCAAAAUAAAACUUUUUUUUUUUGCUUGCUACGGAGUCCGCAAAGGGUCACUUGCAGUUCGUAGGUUCUCGCGUGAGUUCGAUGUGUCCCGAUAACUCGGAAAAAAAUAGUCAGAAAGAAUAUUCCAAAAAAACAAAGCCCCCAAAAUGGAGCGAGUGCAUACAGGCACGCGCAAGACAUCUAAAUCCAGACAAUGUGACAAUACUAUCGAUAGGUUCAAUGAAAAAUGACAAAUUUAAAAAUAGAAUCAGAACUUGGGAGCAAAUAAAUGCGAUACAAUAGAUAGUAUGAAAAUGCCAUUGUUAUAUAAAUACAAAUAAAUAAAUACGUAAAUAAAAAUUGUAAGAGAGAGAGAAUGAAUACAAUAAUAAUAAUAAUAAUAAAACAAAUGACCACUUUAAAAAUAAUACAUUUUGGGUCGAUAUAGAGUAUUCCUUCAUUUACCGUUGGGGUUCCAGACCACCCCCGCAACAGGUGAAAUCCACGAAGUACCAACCAAAUUUUGGGGAUUAUUUAUACCUCCCCAGACUUUUAUUAUGAAAUUUAUUGUUUAUUAUUAAACUCUUUAACAUUAAUCAAACAUUAAUGCACAGUAGUACUGUACACGGUGUACGUUUAAUUCCUUGCAAUAUGUGUUUUAAUGAUUUGUUUUUAGCGUUUUAAUGUUUUAGGCUAGGAAGCGUUUAUUUUCGCCCCACACAUUAAUAGCAUACACUUAAAUCACACUGAAUCCGCAAUAGGUGAAUCACGAUAUAGCGAGGGAACGCUGUUCAGGCUUAACACUCCACUUGCAUUUCACAGUGGAUGCCGCGAUAAAAGCAGCGCCCCCACGUUCGAUUGCCUGACUGGCGUUUAUUGACGUUAGCGACCCACACUCGGGAUGCGCCUCGGACCGUCUCCCCGAGCGGUUUACCUCCGCGGCCAAUCGCGUGGCGUCAUCUCAAAGCGUCUUUUGUGCAAACGGAUUGUUUUGCUUGGAACAAAAGCGGCUCAUGCACAGGCAGCGUUUGCCGUGCAGGCGCUGCAGGCAGCCCAUUUCUCGAUAAGAUCCGCCGCUUCGGGACGGAUGAAGCGCGCGUCCAAGCGAGGAACACCUGAGCGGUCACCGCUAUGGCCCGCUCGUGUGGGGAAAAAAGACAACGUUAAGUUCCAGUAUAUAGUUAAUGCAGAGCUUGAAUGUAAUUUGCAUCACGUGGCCCUCCUUCGUUUGCCAUUUGAACAUGAAAGUCGGCUCUUUUUUCCGCCCAAUUUUUGCAUUGAAUACAGAGCAGUGAUUCACCUGUCGGGCGUGGCGGAUGUAUCCCUAUUUUGUCAUUAUUUUAUUUUUUUGAAAUGGCCUGAUUGAUGGCCCCGUGUGAAAUCUACCUCGCGACAUGUAGCCACAAUGCAACGCUUGCAAGGCAAUCUGUCGCUUGAAACCGGAGUAACCGGGGAGCCCGUUUGAAUGAAACAUGUGACAAGGUGUGAUUAGCCCUCUGCCAAUCACACCGAAUCACUUGUUGACAGAUGUGGGGGAACUCCCCCCCCCCCCCCCCCCCACUCCCAAAGCUAAUUGGUUGGACGGAAUAACCAGGUCGCUAAUGAGUGGUUGCUUUGUCACUAUUGUUGUGUUCAAAUCAUCCCGAUGGUGAUGUUUGAUUGCUCACUAGUGGCAAUUUAAAGGGGAUUUGAAUCCAGUUGACCUCAGGCAGCAGAGGGUUUUUAUUUUAAUUUAAUUUAAUUUUACCCCCAGGCCAGGCUAAUAAAGAAUAAUAUUUAAAUAAUCCAUCCAUCCAUUUUCCUGACCGCUUUUUCUCACUCUGGACGCGGGCGUGCUGGCGCCUAUUUCAUAUCCUGUCUCUAUAUUUCAACAGUAUCAUAAAAAUAUUGCUUUAUAUUCGUUAAUGAUCAAAUAACUGAUACGAAUAAUUCCUUUUUAAAUGUAAAUAUUAAUUUGCUUUGAUUGAAAGUAUAAAAACAUACCUAAAUGUCAUGUGUGUCUCUAUGUGUGAUGAUAAAUAUAUCCAAACAUUUUUUUUUUUACAUAUUUACACAUAAACAUCAAUGUUUUAGUAGUUGUCAAUAUUUUAACAAAAUGUGACUUAGAUGAAAAAAAUGUCAUUGUUUAAUAAAUACAAAGAAAUAAUUCGAUACAUAAAUAAAUGAAAAGAAUGAAGUAAAUAAAUACUUAUACGUGAUGUGAAUAUGAAAUCAAAUCCGCAAUGCAGUGAUAUCGCGAGGGCACACUGUACAAGUAAAUUGAGUUGCUGACUUUCUUACGGAACGACUUAAACGUCUACUUUUUGUGCCAUUUUUGUUUGGCGGUGUGGCAUGAAAUGUUUGGCAUGUACAAUAUGUGCCUUGGCUCAGAGGUUGAGGACGGGAUGGAAGGGGCGAGGCUUACUCGGGUGUCUGGUUACAUUUGGCACCACCUGCAGAGGUGCCUUAAAGGGCCGCGUUUCUGCGUGCCUGCGCCAGUCGUCACCUCCUCCGAAGAUGGACGGCAGCGGCAGACCGCUCGGCCUCACCGCUCGCGACCUUCUGCCCCCUCCACCGCCCCUCUUCCUGCGGGCCUCCCUGGAGCGGGGUUACCCGCGCACCCCCAAGUGCGCCCGGUGCCGCAACCACGGCGUGGUGUCGGCGCUGAAGGGCCACAAACGCUUUUGCCGGUGGCGGGACUGCGUGUGCGCCAAGUGCACACUCAUCGCCGAGAGGCAGCGGGUCAUGGCCGCCCAGGUGGCGCUCAGGAGGCAGCAGGCGCAGGAGGAGAGCGAGGUGCGAGACAUCCGGAUGCUGUAUCGCGGCGGGGGAGCCGCAGGGGGGCCGCCCUUUGGCACCGGGACGCGUGCCGCCACCGGCCAGCUGACAGAUUUUAAUGUUUUUCCAACUGACCCCAUGAAAGACGACGAUCCCCUGACCAAGUACCGCUACGAGAGCCCGCGUCGGUCGUCCUCGGACCCCGAGUCGGGCAGCGACUCGGACAAACGCAAGGAGUUCCAACGCGACGCCCCGGAGUCGAGUGCCAGAUCGCGCAAAGGCGACGCCGUCAAACACGCCGACGGUGCGACGCCGCCUCUCCCGCUCAGGCCCGCUUUCGGGCCGGCGCAAGAUUCGGUAGGAACCGAGUCAGCUUUCGCGCCACUCUAUAUUCCGCCGCCGGCCACCGUAGGGGAUGGCGUUUACGGGCUCAACCCUCGCCUGGGUAUCAACCCCUUAUGUCUGGCUUACUCGUCCACAAACGCCACCAGCAUGGCCGGCUUGAUGUCGCCGUACGUGAGCUCGGGCUUGAUGCCCGUGUUCCCGCUGCGUCCUCCCCUGGACGUGUACUCGUUCCCGGGCGUGAUCCGAGACCUUUCGUACCUACAUGGGAAGGAGCUUCUGUGCAGUGCCGGCGUGUACAAGCGCCUCGCCAGUGACAAGUGACUUCACGUGCCGUUUUUUGUGUAAAUGUUGUAAAAAAAUUUUGUAAAAAUAAAUCAUAUGCAAAGAUG